AUGGAUACCAUUGCAUUCUCGCCUCUCUCUCUCCCCCUUGCUGACCCUCGCCACACCCUGCCUCUGUCCCACAUCCCUCUCUCUACGCAUCACACCACUGUCCCUCCCGGGCAUCCCAUUGCAACCCCGCUUCUAGCACCUGACGCCGCUUCUUCUGCCCCUUCUUCUGCACAGUUUUCUGGGCCCGCGGAGGGUAGUAAUCCUCUGAGUGUGAGCAGCAGGGGCAGCGGUAGCAGCAGGAAGCUCGUAGUCUCUGCUUCCUCUCGGAGCUUGAAGCAAGCACCCAGCAUUGGUGCUGGGGGGGAUGGUAGUGCUGGGCGCAGUGUUGAAGACGGCUCCAGGAAGGAUAGGAGGUCACCUGCUGGUGUUGCUGUUGGCCCUGGUGCUUCCAGUGCUGCUGUUGGCCCUGGUGCUUCCAGUGCUGCUGUUGGCCUUGGUGCUUCCAGUGCUGCUGUUGGCCCUGGUGCUUCCAGUGCUGCUGUUGGCCCUGGUGCUUCCAGUUCUGCUGUUGGCCUUGGUGCUUCCAGUGCUGCUGUUGGCCCUGGUGUUUCCAGUGCUGCUGUUGGCCCUGGUGCUUCCAGUGCUGCUGUUGGCCCUGGUGCUUCCAGUGCUGCUGUUGGCCCUGAGGGGGAGGAGCGAGUGGGAGGCAGCAGGCAGGCAUGUGCGGCUGAGGUGUUGCUGAUGAGACAGUUGCAGGAGAGGGAAGAGGAUGAGGGAAGAGAUGAGGGAGGAGGUGGGGGAGGAGAGAAAGAUGGAGGGAGAGAGCAGAGGAGGAGGGAUAGAUCCCGAGGCAGGGCUUCCUUCAGGGAGACCAAGAGUGGGGAAGGGAAAGAGGGAGAUGGAGGACAUAUGGAGAGAGGGAAAGAGAAGGGGGCCAGGGAUGGAGGAGAGAACAUGGGCGAGCGACAGCAAGAGAAGGAGCGUAUGGAAGUUGAGAGUGGGAGUGGCAAGCAGCCUAAGAUGAAGGACGAGGCUGAGUUGAGAAAGGUACGGGAUGGGGGAGCAAAGGAGGGUGGGGUACGGGGUGGAGAAAGGAAGGAGGGUGGGGAAAGGAAGGAGGGUGGGGAAAGGAAGGAGGGUGGGGAAAGGAAGGAGGGUGGGGAAAGGAAGGAUGGCGGGGAAAGGAAGGAGGGUGGGGAUAGCAAGGAGAGAAGAGCAAGGAAAGACAUCAUCUCAAAGUUGUCAAAGCGAGACAGUGCCUUGGCGCGCAGCAACGAGAAGGUUUACGCCACCAUGUGCCGAUCCAAAGACCUCAAGUCCACCAGUGGUGGUGACCCCUCCGAUCCUGCCAAGCCCUCUCCUGCUGCUGCUAGAGCCCUUGCAGCUUUUGAUGCGUCUAAAGUUCGCGGCGCGAUCACCCCGGGACGGUCCCGGGGGAAAACUGGCGGGACCUCGUUCCGGGCAGCUGAAAAGAGCAUGCUGCCCGAUUUCGAGACGGCGAUGAUGGAUUUGAAGCUGGAUCUGAAGGCAGCAGCAGGCAGCUCGUCUGGCUUUGAGGAUCAUCGGCAGAAACACUUCCUAUCGAGCAUGCUGUCUCCGAGGGGAAUCAUAGGCUCCUGGCGGCCUACCAAAGUGGGGCUUUUAGGCGGGGAGAUCUGCUCUCUGCAGGAGCGGUACUUAGUUAAGCAGGAGAUCGGGAGCGGGUCGUAUGGGAUGAUCCGGGCGGUGAGGGAGAAGGCAACUGGCAAGACGUGGGCGUGCAAGGGCAUUGACAAGGAUCAGAUACAGUCCACGGCAGCAGUGGCAGCACUUUGGCAGGAAACCAAGGCAGCAGUGGCGGCGCUACAGCAGGAAGUGGCAGUGAUGCGGCUGCUGAAGGGACAUGCGCAUGUGGUGGAGAUGAAAGAGACGGUUGAAGAUGACACGCACGUGCGUAUCAUCAUGGCGCUCAAUCAGCACGUGCACAUAAUCAUGGAGCUCUGCAAGGGCGGGGACCCGUUUGACCGCAUCAAGCAGCGCAGCCGCUACGAGGAGAAACCCGCAGUCGCCGUGCUGCAGCAGUUGUCGCUGGUGCUGCGGGCGUGCCACUCGCUGGGGGUCAUGCACCGCGAUGUGAAGCCCGAGAACCUGCUGCUCUGCUCGCCCACUGAUGACGUCACUGUGAAAGUUACUGACUUUGGGAUUGCUGCGUCUAUUAAAUCAGGCGCCAAGCUCACGGAGUUCAAAGGAUCCCACACGUACAUGGCACCUGAACCUCCACUCUCAACCCCCUUUUCUUCCCCUUCUUGCUCUUCUGCCCUCCUCCCUCUUGUGCCCUCCCUCCCAGGCGCCAAGCUCACGGAGUUCAUAGGGUCCCACAUGUACAUGGCACCAGAAGUGAUCAACAAGAGCUAUAGUGCGGAGGCCGACGUCUGGUCGGCGGGAGUCGUCUUAUACAUCCUUCUGGCCGGCGUGCCGCCCUUCUGGGCCUCCACAGAAUCCGGAGUGCUGGAUGCAAUCGUAUCCAAGCCUCUCAACUUCUCCUUCCCACCAUGGCCUUCCAUAUCCACUGAUGCCAAGGACCUUAUAAAAGAGAUGCUUAAGAAAGACCCGGCGGAGAGAAUCACACUGGACGCUGUACUUGCUUGUCUUCUGUCUAGGGAUGCUCCAUUCCUCUUGCUCGCACUGUACCCCUGCUCGCACUCUCCCCCUGCUCGCACUCUACCCCUGCUCGCACUCUCCCCCUGCUCGCACUCUACCCCUACUCGCACUCUCCCCCUGCUCGCACUCUCCCUCUGCUCGCACUCUCCCCCUGCUCGCACUCUACCCCUGCUCGCACUCUCCCCCUGCUCGCACUCUCCCCCUGCUCGCACUCUCCCCCUGCUCGCACUCUCCCCCUGCUCGCACUCUCCCCCUGCUCGCACUCUCCCCCUGCUCGCACUCUCCCCCUGCUCGCACUCUCCUCCUGCUCGCACUCUCCCCCUGCUCGCACUCUCCCCCUGCUCGCACCCCCCCCCCCCUGCUCGCACUCACCCCCUGCUCGCACUCUCCUCCUGCUCGCACUCUCCCCCUGCUCGCAUUCUCCCCCUGCUCGCACUCUCCCCCUGCUCGCACUCUCCCCCUGCUCGCACUCUCCCCCUACUCGCACUCUCCCCCUGCUCGCACUCCCCCCCUGCUCGCACUAUACCCCUGCUCGCACUCUCCCCCUGCUCGCACUCUACCCCUGCUCGCACUCUCCCCCUGCUCGCACUCUCCCCCUGCUCGCACUCUCCCCCUGCUCGCACUCUACCCCUGCUCGCACUCUUCCCCUGCUCGCACUCUCCCCCUGCUCGCACUCUCCCCCUGCUCGCACUCUCCCCCUGCUCGCACUCUCCUCCUGCUCGCACUCUCCCCCUGCUCGCACUCUCCCCCUGCUUGCACUCUCCCCCUGCUCGCACUCUCCCCCUGCUCGCACUCUCCCCCUGCUCGCACUCCCCCCCUGCUCGCACUCUCCUCCUGCUCGCACUCUCCCCCUGCUCGCACUCUCCCCCUGCUCGCACCCCCCCCUGCUCGCACUCUCCCCCUGCUCGCACUCUCCCCCUGCUCGCACUCUCCUCCUGCUUGCACUCUCCCCCUGCUCGCACUCUCCCCCUGCUCGCACUCUCCCCCUACUCGCACUCUCCCCCUGCUCGCACUCUCCCCCUGCUCGCACUCUCCCCCUGCUCGCACUCUCACCCUGCUCGCACCCCCCCCCCUGCUCGCACUCUCCCCCUGCUCGCACUCUCCCCCUGCUCGCACUCUCCCCCUGCUCGCACUCUCCCCCUGCUCGCACCCCCCCCCUUGCUCGCACUCUCCUCUUCCUUGCACUCUCCUCUUGCCUCCUCGCACUCUGCUCCCCCUCUCACUCUCCCCUGCAGAAUCCAAAUCCUUCAGCCCAUCCCCCUCUGCUGCACGAGUCCCAUCUUCCGAUCUGUCCCAUCUUCCGAUCUGUCCCCGCCGUCUCUCUCCUUCAACACUCCUCUUCACUCGACCAACAAAUCACAUCAAAUCCUCACUUGCUCAUGUCCCCACCGUCCUUCCGCUCUCCAACACCUUCAAACACUCACCCCCUUUUUCCUUCUCUCCCUCUCUCUCCCUCCCUCCCCCGUCCCUUCCCCCUCCGUUUCUUCCCUCUCCCUCCCCCGCCCACCACAAUCCUUGUCACUUGCCAUGCAUACGCCCCUUGCCCCCCCAUCUCAGAGCAUCCCUGGAUCAAGACGCAUACCACACACUCGUGAUACCUUGUCCAUUCAAAUCUACGCGCCUCCUGUUCCUUGCAAGCCUGUGCGCUUAUUGAGGUAG